AUGGCAAAGCAAAACCAAGGAAGUGAAAUCUACGAAGUCAAGGAACUUGUCUUUCAAGUCUCUGAGUCCAACUACAUUGAAUUUCUGACAACAAUUCUCAUGAAGCAUGACAAAUCACACUAUAGGAUCACUGAGAGGAAGAAAUACACUUUCAAGUACCUCCUUGGCAAUUCUCAUGGGCGAGUGAUCUUUGUAUUAUUCAUAGAAAUUAAAACUUAUCUCACAGUGGUUGUUUAUAGACGUGCCGAAGCAAUGGAUGUCGACAACCAAGCUGAUUAUGCGGAAAUGGCAAAGAAACUCAUCUCCAAAGAGCCUCGAAAGGUGAAAAUAUUUGUUGACAUCAGUUCACUCACGUCUAUGCUCUUGUUACGAACUGUGCAAGAUCUCACACGCAAGGCUACCCCUUUGACACCAGUUCCUGUUCGAACUGUGACAUCACUCCCUGUCACGUCACCUGUUGCUCCAACACCCUCAACACUCACUCAUUUUUUGAAGUAUGCCAAAGACCACCUCGGUGUUGCAUUUGCCUCAACAUAUGAAGCCUCUCUGCGUGGCAUUGGUGCAGGUCCAGAUAUACUUGUGGACAUGGCUGACCAAGAUCUUGCUCGAGUUGGUCUUAGUGCAGGUGACAUUAUUCGGCUGAAGAAAGGCAGUGUUACAUGGUGGAAUGGGCCUCUCGCAAAGAGUAGUGCAAAGUGUCAACGGAGUGAUACAACUGAGUCGGACAUUCCCGAGUACAAGAAAUUCCAGUAUGAGAAGAGAUACCAUGAUGGGGGACGAGCUCGCAUCAGUGGAAGUUGUAUGAAGCCUGAUGAGCGUCCACCAGCGGAGCGAACAAUUUUGGACUAUGACCUUUACUACUUCUGUGAAAACAGGAAAAGUUGGGUUAUCUUUCCUCCUGGGUUCACCUUCGAGUCAGAGGGUGAUCAUGCAAAUGCAGAAGAUCCUUUUAUUUAG